GGAAGAUGGGGAAAUGGCAGCUGACCGAAUGUAAGCGUCAAGAAAUCAAAGGGGAUCUUCAUUUAUGAUACAAACCCGGGUUUAUGCAUCAAUAGGAACUAUUCAAAGAACAAAAGAUUUCCCCCUGUGACAAAUAAAGAAACAUGGACGUAUCUUCAUCCUCACUGCAGUACGGAUCCAAAAAGCGGGUUAAGAUUCACCCAGACACAGUGACAGUGAAAUAUGCCACUCACUUCCCCCAGCCUGGCGAUGAGGGGUACGAUGACGCACCCUCUUUUGAGGACUUUGGCGCCUUCGCGGAGGCUAAUGUGGGAAAGAGACUGGUGUCAGACAGCAAAGGUGGCAGGACUUUCUUUGGAACCAUGGAGACCCAGCCUAAGCCGCCAAAUGUGCAAAAAGACAAGGGGGUCGGGGGCCAGCUGGCCAGCUUCGGCGAGGCGAAUGUGUUGGCCUCCAGGGUGACCUGGAUGGCCUUGUUUGGGGCAGCGGUGGCCCACGGUUGCGUGGCGUUGAUUACUCGUUUAGCAGCCGACCGCUCUAAAGUGCCCUCCCUCGAGCUGCUCUUCAUCCGCUCCGUGAUCCAAGUGCUGUCCAUCUUGGUGGUCUUCUACUACCACGAGGCCCCCUUUGGUCCUAAGGGCUACCGGCUGCGUCUCUUCUUCUACGGUGUGUGCAACGUAAUCUCAAUCACCUGCGCCUACACCUCCUUUGCCAUAGUACCACCCAGUAAUGGCACCAUCAUGUGGCGUGCCUCCACCACUGUCUUCAGUGCUAUACUGGCCUUCCUGUUGCUGGAUGAGAGGCUGGGCUACACAGAUGUGGUCACAGUGGUGGGAAGCGUGUUCGGUCUGUGCCUGGUCAUGGUGCCAAACGUAGCAGAUGAGGAGAAGUCCAGGCUGGGGUUUUGGAAGGAGGCCUUUGGCUACACAAUGACUGUGAUGGCUGGCUUGACUGCUGCCCUCUCCAUGAUCGUCUACAGAGCCAUCAAGGAGCGCGUCAGCAUGUGGACGGCACUCUUCACCUUCGGCUGGACGGGCACUGUGUGGGGUGCCUCCACCAUGUUUAUCAUGCAGGAGCCCAUCAUUCCUCUGGAUGGGGAGACCUGGGGCUAUUUAAUUGGGAUCUGUAUCUGCUCCACCGUGGCGUUCCUCGGAGUCUACUAUGCUCUAAACAAGUUUCAUCCAGCCUUAGUUAGCACCGUGCAGCACCUAGAGAUCGUGGUCGCCAUGUUCCUCCAGCUCAUCGUUCUGAGGAUGAUCCCGUCCGUCUACGACGUCAUCGGAGGCCUGGUCAUCAUGAUCAGUGUGUUCACCCUGACAGGAGUCAAGCUGUACAGGGUGAGCAGAGCCAUUCGGCAGGAUUAUCAAGAGAUCCUAGACUCGCCCAUCAAAUGAGUUCUGAUAUGUCAGUCUGUU